AUGGAUCUCGCCUUGAUGAGCAGUCCGGGCCAGAUCAAGCCGUCCAGUGUAGACAGCGACGACCUGUCACCACAGAAGCCGGCCAAAGCGCGCGCAAGGAACAGGAAGAAGGAGGGCAGUGAUGAUGGCAACAAGAGGAGAUGCGCGCAAGAGCAAGGUCAGAACACCACAGCUGUUACGUUAUGUACAAACUUUCAAAUCUGGCGACUAAACCAGCGUAUCCUACAGUGUGACGGCAACCUCCCUGAAUGCGCCGCCUGCGCUUCAGUCUACAACACAGCGUGCGUGUACGACCCCAAUUCGGACCACCGCCGCAAAGGCGUCUACAAGAAGGAUAUCGACAACCUCAAGACGCGCAACUCAACGCUACAAACAUUGAUACAAGCUAUACUGAACUACCCGGAAGAUGAGGUACCAGCACUUAUCAAGCAGAUACGGACAUGUGAGAGCCUAGACACCGUGGCUGAAGCCAUCCUGGCUAAGGAGGCUGGGAUUAGCGGAGAUGACGAUGACGAUAUGCCAUUGCUCAGCAUCGAGACUCCGUCGGGCCAGCCAACUUUCGAGACUCAACUCUCUGGGAAGAUGGGACGACUACGGCUAGAGGAUGGAUCCGUAAGAUACAUCGGGGGCACAUCGAACCUGAUCCACCUGGGAGCUGGCUCGGACCACGAAGACAUGGCUUCGGAAGCGGAGCAGUAUCAGCAGCAGGACAAUCCGAUUACGACCUGGACGAACGUGACAUCAGAUUCGACUCUGAUCAUGCAUUUGAUAAACAUGUACUUCACCUGGCACUACACGUAUUUCACCACCGUCUCCAAAAGCCUCUUCUACCGAGACUUCUUGCUCGGGAGGCCACCGCCGAACACCCGCAGGAAAACAGAGUAUUGCACGCCUUUGCUGGUCAACGCUAUGCUCGCUUUGGGUUGCCACUUUACUUCAUGGCCUGCGGCACGUGCUGAUCCAGAGGUCUCCGCCACGGCCGGGGAUCAUUUCUUCCGGGAGGCCAAGAGGUUGCUCAUGGAAAACGACGAACACGAGAAGCCGAGAUUAACUACCGUCCAAGCGUUAGCCUUGAUGUCUGUCCGAGAAGCGGGCUGUGGCCGCGAGGCCAAAGGCUGGGUCUACAGCGGGAUGAGCUUUCGGAUGGCUUGUGAUCUGGGUCUUAAUCUGGAUUCUGGCGUUCUGUCCUCCAGUAGAGAUACCAAUCUUGACGAGGCUGGCGAGGAUGCGCGGAGGAUCACAUUCUGGGGCUGUUUUUUGUUCGAUAAAUGCUGGUCGAACUACCUUGGGCGCCUUCCGCAACUGCCGACAUCUAUAAUCACCGUCCCGAAGUUUGACGUCUUCCCGGUCGAAGAGUCGGACACCUGGUCUGCCUACACGGAUUCUGGAAUUAGCCAGGCCAACUCUCAGGCAUCACGAACGCGUGCCAUUGCACUUCAGAUUUCCGCGCUUUGCGAGAUUAGCAAUGAUCUCAUGACGUCAUUUUAUAAUCCAAUUGACAUGGACAAGCCGAAAGGGAAGAGCGCGGAGCUGAAGAAGCUCUCCGAACUCCACCAGCGCUUAGAAGGCUGGCGCAGGGAUUUACCAAAAGAGUUCGAGCCGAAAGAGGGCGGCUUACCAAACAUGCUGGUGAUGCAUAUGUUCUUCCAAUUGCUCUUCAUCCACCUUUUCCGCCCAUUUCUUAAAUACAACCAAACGACCUCCCCUCUGCCCGCCAAUGUUUCGCCCCGCAAGCUCUGUACUCAAGCCGCAGCCAUGAUCUCGAAAUUACUACGACUGUACAAGCGAUCCCACGGCCUGCGGCAGGUCUGUAAUAUUGCAGUCUACAUAGCACACUCAGCAUGCACUAUCCACCUGCUCAACCUGCCCGACAAGAACGCCCGACGAGACAUCAUCCACGGCGUCAAACACCUCGAAGAGAUUGCCGAAGGUUGGCUCUGCGCUCGGCGGACCCUUAGUAUCCUCAGCGUCCUGGCGCGAAAAUGGAACAUUGAACUUCCAGAAGAGGCAGCUGCGGUGCUAGCACGGACCGAAGCAAAGUUCGGCUCCUACCAAAGCGAUGCUUCCACGCCAAAGUCAGCGAUCGUCCAGGCUCAAGCUCCCGAGCAGCCGCAGCAACAGCAGGUCCCAAUGUCUGUGACAUCGUACCCGCAGCAGAUGCACGCAACUACGGUGGGCUACCCUGUCGUCGGCGGCGCUGCCCCCGCUACUGCCGGCCCGCGUCGCGUCGGUGACAACAGACCGCUCCCUCCACCGCCGCAGACAUCCUCCGAAUUUCAGUUCCCUCGUGCGCAAAGACACCCGCCAACGAAUGCCAGCACGCCCUCUAGUCGGGGCCAACCACGCAUGUCACUCGAUUCCACAGCCACGACUACAGCGGCGAGCAUGUCGCCAUCUGAGCUCUUUGGUGGAAUCGAUCAGCUCCUCCGAGAAGGCCAGGAUUGGUGGCUCAGGGAUCAGUCGCAGCUGGCCAUGGGCUUUGACAAUUGGAACAUGGCUGAAGCAGGGGAUAUGUCGUGGAUCAAUGGUAAUGGAACGGCGGGGAGUGCGGCCAACUUUGUGCUCAACGGGGUCUAUGGGUAUGGUGCUGUCAACGGCUAUAACGAGGAGGAAUGGUACCAAUAA